UGAAAUACACGUAUAAAAAUUUAAAAAGAUAAUUUGAAUAUAUGGAGCUCUUUAACAGUUUGUUUUAAUUUAUUAGCCAUGGAUAGAUUCUUAUCUAUUGAUUGGCAUGCUCCAUUGGAAGAUUUGAUAGAUAAUACUUUCAUUAAUGAAGAAAGAUUAGAAAAAGAGAGUGUGAUAUAUAAAAUUUUGACUGGAAAUUUCAAAGAUCCCUUUAAAAAUAUUGAAGAAGAUUAUAAAGAUGUUGAAAUUGAUCUGAUGAAGGAUGCUGAUCCUGACUUAAAUGAAAUGGAAAAAGAAUGUGAAGUCAAACAAGUAAAAAGAAUCAAUAAUUAUGUAUCUGGCAGUUUUAAACCAAUAUUUAAGUUUCCUAAAAAAUCUAAAUUGAACAAGGAACAACAAGCAAUGUGUUUAAGAGUCUUGUUAAGAUUUUCAAAAUCUGAUAAGCCAAAACUAACGCAAAUAGAAAGAGAAGAAUUACAAAAAUACAUGGAGUUACAACAAAUAAUAUAUCAAGAACAGGAUGAAUUUUUGGAAUUUGCGAAAAGCAAAUGGAAUGAAAGAUUAUUCAAAAUCAUAAAUGAAGAUUUUAUCAAUUUAUCUUGGAAAUCAAAGUUACAACAUAUAUAUAAAUUACCGAGGUAUUACUCUGAAGUAACAAGUAUUCCAUUCGCAGCAGAUAAAAACAUUGAAGUAAAAUUUAUUUCUAAUUGUUUACGAUUGGGUAAAUUACAAAAAAUAGUGUUGCCAACUUUUACUAAACCAUGUAUAUUACAAAUAAAUUCAGCACAGUUACGAAAACGAUUUCUUCCUAAUGAGAAUACUUUUAAAGAAUCAUCAAAUUCUGUUAAAUUACCUGUAAGUGAAGAUGUAAAUUGUCAAAAAUUAGCUGAAGAUAAUAAUGUAGAUUUGGUAAUUUCAUCAAGUGGCCUUAAUUGUUUAGUAAAUAAUAUUGAUCCAACGCAUUCAAAUUCAUGGAUUUUACCCAUAGUUAUAAAAAGAUACAAUGAUAAAAAUGUUAUCUACAUAGACAAACCAGCACCACCAAUUGCAAGCACUGUACCAGAAAAAAAUAGUUGGGUGUAUAAAUACAUUCUUAAAUAUUUUUUUAUUGGUACUAAAUAUUUAACUUCAGAAAGUAAUGAAGAUGAUAAUAUAUUUGAUGAUGUUAAUUCUGAAAAACUAUUACAAUUAGAAGAAGAAUAUGAAAAUACUCUAACAAAAGUUAAGAAUAAGAUAUUAAAUGUAUCAAAAGAGGAUAAAAACCUUGAAGAAAUUUCAACUCAACAGAAUCUUACAAAUGAUGUACAUUCUUCAGAUGUGUUGAACUGUAAAAAAGACUCUUUAAAUACUACCACCUCUAAUUUUUGUAAUGCUUCUAAUUGUAUAAGUAAUGAAGAUAUACAAAAUAAAAUCUCUGAAGAGACAGAAGACAGUAUAUCAUAUGAUUUGUUUACAAUUGGACCACAAUCGGAACAAAGUGAAUUGAUGAAAAAUGUUAUUAAAGAAUAUAAAAUAUUAGUUAGGACAAAAACACAUGGAUUUGAGAUUUUACAAAAUAAAGUACAAACAUUGUUACUGUUAACACCAAAAUUAGAACAUCAGGCUGAUCUUGGUGCUGAAACUGUAACAUUAGAGGAAGCUUUGAAACAAUGGAUAUCUUUGAUAUUCAGACCUCAUACAUAUCUAGCACGAGUUCGAAUAUCUACAAAAACAUCAGAAGUAUUACAAAUAGAACAUCGUACAGCAAUGUCUAUAAAUAAUGAAAUUAAGAGACUUUAUAACAUAAAAGCUGAAGAUUCUUUGAUAAUUUUACAUAACAUUGUUCAAUCUCUCUCAGAUUUAUCUCCAGGUCAUUAUAUUAUGAGACAUACUAUAAGAAAUGGAGCAUUUGCUACUCUUUCUAAAUUAGCAGAAGGCCCAGGAAAAAAUGUUCUUGAUAUUCAUUCAAUUUAUAGUGGAGUAUUUUACACUUUACCUAAUCCUCGUUGGAUUCCAUUAGAUAGAACUCUACCAACUCCAAUGCAUAAAUAUUUUGAAAGAAUGCCAACUUUAUUUUAUCCAUCAAAUAAUAAAAUGCUUUCCAAAAAAAAAAAAUGUAAUACAGAGAUUGUACGUAGAAGUUCAAGAAAUAAGAAAAAAUUAGUACAUCUUGUAGACAUAGAUGAAUAAAUAUGUCUACAUUUAUUUUUAUUUUAUUGAUAUUUAAAAAAAUCAGUUAUUUUGUUAUUAGUUUUAUUUUUCUAUAUAAUCUGAACAUAAUCAAAGUUUUUUAUACUUAGAAAUUUACGUG